AUGCCUCCCCAAAAGCGCAGCACCGAGACUUUCUCCUCGGAGAAGAGAGUUGAGGUUAUGACUGCAUCAUCAGAUUUGCUAUCGGAGAUCAAGGCUCCCACCCCGUACCGGAUAGUAUCAGAUUCAAAACUCCGUGUAAAAACGGGAAGCCGGGCCCAGCCCACAAAAGUGGCGAAAUGUUCCAAGAGGUGGAGGCGCCAGGGUCGAGCUAUUAUUACACGCUAUGAUAAAGUCCCCGAAGACUGGAUAUCCGAUGAUAAUGAUCUCGAUAAAGAUGAUGUGGACGCAAAUAUACAAAGGUGCAAAGAGCGAAUCGAGGAUGGCAUUAUGCCCCAUUGGUGGGAGGACAAAUUAAAAUUUUAUCAAAAGCACAAAGAUCAGAAAGAUGCCGCUAUUGCUUCUGAGCCCGCGGGGUUGAGCUGGGAAGCAGUCAUGCGUUUGAAGGGACUGGAUAUUAUCAAGGCUCACAUACUCACAAAAGGAGAUGAAUGGGGCCAGUUGAGUAACGUGGCAGCAAUUAUGCGGGCUUAUAGAAGUGGAAAAUUGACCUGGAGGUAUGGGUAUGUGACGUAUUGGGCAAAUGGCACGCUCCUUGGCAAAGGUCCCGUCAAGUUCAACUGGGACGAUAUUGACAAGUGGAAUGCUCUGAGUCUCCAACAUCGUGUCUGGGUGGAAGGUGUAAGCUCAUCAAGCGGAGUCCUUUUGAAAUGCUGA